CACGUUAAACAGGAAACAGAAGAGGGGCUUUUGCCACAGAGCUGGGAGGCCAAGUUGCAAGAUUUCCUCAAGGUGGUUCAGGCUCCUGGCUGUGGAACGGGAAGCCCACAGCUGCCCACUGAAGCUGUACCGUGGGACAAGGCUAAGACGGCUCCGAUCCCUGGUGAGGAAGUCAUGGCCACCAGCCCACAGACAAGAGGAGGAGGGAAGGAGCAAAUGACCCAGCUGGGACAAAGCCCUCAUAGGCCGGCCAAACAGGUGUAUGAUUCGCCACGUUCUGGAGGCAGAGGGGAUUAUGGGAAAGCGAAGGGAGAGAACCCAUGUGCCCUCAGUUCAGAGCAAGAGUGCCGGCUCUUUCGGCAGUUCCCUUACAAAGAGGCGGAGGGACCCCAGGAGAUUUACAGGCAGCUCCACAAACUUUGUCACCGGUGGCUCAAGCCAGAGAAACGGACUAAGGAGCAGAUCCUGGAGGUGCUGAUCAUGGAGCAGUUCCUGGCCAUCCUGCCCCCGGAAAUGUGGGAGUGGGUGAAGGAAAGGGGUCCGGAGACCUCCGCCCAGGCGGUGGCCCUGGCGGAGGAUUUCCUGCUGAGUCAGCGAGAGGAGCAUAGUCAGGGAGAGGUCCUGGGUUUGAUCCAAGAGGUAGCCGUGAGUUUCCUGGAUGCGGAGCGAGUUUCGUCGGAAACGGCUCAGAGGUGGCACAUCGGAGGGAUCAAGAAAGGGAAGGGGAAGGAGGCCUGCUCGCUAGGAGGCGAUGGGUGGAUGAGUGACAGUGACAGGGAACCACGAGGGAUGAUGUCCCAAAGAACCCAUAAUUUAGAGCUGGAAGAGGGUUUUGUGACUCAAGAUGAAUCAAAGCGAGAUGAGUGGAGGAGAAAACCCAUUGCUGGCCAAGAAGGCUCGAUCUGUAAAAUAAUACUCCAGCAAAGGAUACACAAAGGAAGGGGAAGGAGUUUGUGCACUUUGUGUGGGAAAAGCUUCGGUACUAAAUCAAGCUUCAAUAGGCACCAGAGAAUCCACACAGGAGAGAAACCAUACAAAUGUCCAGACUGCAGCGAAAGCUUUCUGGCCAGAUCAAACCUCAUUCGACACCAGAGAAUCCACACAGGGGAGAAACCGUAUAAAUGCUCAGACUGCGGGAAGAGGUUCAGCAGGAGCGCGAACCUCAUUACGCAUCGGAGGAGCCACACAGGAGAGAAGCCGUACAAAUGCUCAGGCUGCGGGAAGACUUUUAACCAGAGCGCGCACCUCAUGAGACACCAGAGAACCCACGUGCGGGAAAAGCCCUACGAAGGUGCUGACUGUGGCAAGGGUUUUGCUCAGGGUGCAGCGCUUAGCAGUCACCAGAGAAUCCACACUGGAGAGAAACCUUACGAGUGCUCGGACUGUAGCAUAAAAUUCCGCGAUAAAUCGAGCCUUAACAGACACCGGAGACUUCAUACGGAAGAAAAACCGUACAAGUGCUCAGUGUGUUGGAAAGGAUUCAGUCGACAUUCAGUAUUAAUCAGGCAUCAGAAGACCCACAUGGGAGAGAAACCAUGUAAAUGCUCAGACUGUGGCAAAAGCUUUCUUGGUGCAUCAGACCUUAUCACACAUCAGAGCACCCACACAGGGGAAGAAAUUUUCUAAAAUCUCCGAGUGGUGGAAAAGAGAUUCUGUUGGGAUAGUGCACCUUACUAGAAAUCAGGGAAUUUAUAUAGGCUAUACGGGUCCAGUGUAGAGACCUGCAAAUGAGUGUCUACAUGCUCAGAAAUAUCCAGGUUCCUGUAUCGGGUCUGACAGCUAUUGCAGGUACUUGUAGAGAACCACAAUAAAUCCUUUACUCCACCGAA